AUGACAAAGUCACUCCCCCUUCUCAGAGGCAAUAGCAUCUCCUUAGAAGGCGCCUUGAUAGAUGAUGACAACAUCCUCCAUCGAUUAGGUUAUCCGCAGAAAAAGAAGGAGCUCUGGUCGCACUUACUCUCCCAUAAGAGUGACAUCGAAGAACUGGUGUCCUUUCAUCUUCGCGCGAAACAUUGCCAGAUAGCUAUUGAAACUGACUGGUUAUUUGGAAGCUAUAAUCUGUGCAUUCCAGUCUACAUAAACCCCCCGUCCGAGAGACGCGUCCUUGUUCGGAUACCCCUGCCCUUCAAAAUUGGAGAGGCCAAUAACCCCGGAAAUCUGGAUGAAAAUCUGCGGUGCGAAGUAGCUACCUACAUCUGGAUUCAUGAAAAUUGCCCAACUGCUGGGUUCGUUGUCCUCCUCAAGCUUGCACGUGCGAUCAGUAUGGCAGAGUCGGGUUGA